CCGGAAGUGACGCGACUAUAAACCAAAGUGACGACAUGCGAUGUUUGUUGUCAUAUCUGUUUUUGUUGUGAAGAGCGAAGGCGAGGAUCAUCUCUGCUCGGACGGACUUAUGGUGAACAUCAUAGAGAGGUAGAAUGUGAAACACGAUGGCUGGUUUUGAAACGUACCAGGAGUAUCAGCGAAUAGAAGAUUAUGAUGAAGACUCUCCUCCAGGAGAGGAAGAAUUACUCAUCCAUGUGCCAGACGGCAGAAGAGACCCGUGGCAUCAUAUCAAGAAUCUCGACAAUUUCUUCACAAGAAUCUAUCAUUUCCAUCAGAGGAAUGGAUUCACCUGUAUGGUGUUAUCAGAGUUUUUUGAACUUGUGCAAUUCCUGUUUGUGGUCACGUUUACAACCUUUCUCUUCAACUGUGUGGAAUAUGAUGUUCUCUUCGCCAACCGAGUGGUCAACCACACGGGUCAGAGCCUCGGUCCUCUGGACAGGAACAAGGUCACCCUUCCUGACGCGAUUUUACCCACCGAGCAGUGCACUGAGAGGAUUCAAGGAAACAGCUGGAUCAUCUUCCUCUUGAUAAUGGCAGCCAUAUUCUGGGUCUAUCGGCUCGUGAAGGUGAUCUGCAAUGUCAUCAGCUACUGGGAGAUCCGACAGUUUUAUAAAAAAGCACUGAACAUACAGAUGGAUGAACUUUGCAACUUCACGUGGCAAGAAGUUCAAGGCCGUUUGAUCCGCCUGCAGCGCGAGCAGCCCAUGUGUGUCCAGAAGCGUGAUCUUUCUGAACUAGACAUCUACCACCGCAUCCUGCGCUUUAAAAACUACACUGUGGCCAUGAUCAACAAGUCCCUGCUGCCCGUCAGACUGCGUGUGCCCUUCUUGGGCGACAUGAUCUUCCUCACGCAGGGCCUGAAAUACAACUUUGAGCUCAUUCUGUUCUGGGGACCUCUGUCGCUCUUCCAGAACAAAUGGAGUCUGCAUCCCAAAUACAAGCGGGCGGCAAACCGGCAGGAGCUGGCCAAGCAGCUCAGCCGUGUCAUCCUGUUGACGGGUCUGGUCAAUCUGCUGCUGUGUCCAUUCGUGCUGGUGUGGCAGGUGCUGUACGCCUUCUUUAGCUACGCUGAAGUCAUCAAGCGCGAGCCGGGAAGUUUGGGAGCCCGGCGCUGGUCGCUGUAUGGCCGUCUCUACCUCCGCCACUUUAACGAGCUGGAUCACGAGCUGCAAGGCCGGCUGGGACGUGGGUACAAAACUGCAGCGAAAUACAUGAAUUCUUUCGUUUCUCCUCUGUUGGCGGUGCUGGCCAAGAACGUGGCUUUCUUCUCCGGCUCGGUUCUCGCCGUGCUCAUCGCUCUGACGGUGUACGAUGAAGACGUGCUGACCGUGCAACACAUCCUGACGGCCAUCACCGUACUUGGCGUGGUCAUCACCAUCAGCAGGUCGUUUAUUCCAGAUGAACAUAUGGUGUGGUGUCCUGAACAGCUGCUUCAGUGCGUCCUGGCCCACAUCCACUACAUGCCCGACCACUGGAAGGGCAACGCCAACAAGAGCGAGACCCGCGACGAGAUGGCACAGCUUUACCAAUAUAAAACAGUCUUUAUAUUGGAGGAGCUUCUGAGUCCCAUAAUUACCCCCUUCAUCCUCAUCUUCCCCCUGCGGAGCAAGUCUUUAGAAAUCAUCGACUUCUUCCGUAACUUCACUGUUGAUGUGGCAGGGGUGGGAGACAUUUGCUCAUUCGCCCAGAUGGACAUCAGGCGCCAUGGAAAUCCACAGUGGAUGUCUGAAGGUCAGACGGAGGCCUCAGUGUACCAGCAGGCUGAGAAUGGGAAGACGGAGCUGUCGCUGAUGCAUUUCACCAUUAAAAACCCACGCUGGGAGCCCCCACAGGAGAGCUCAGUGUUCAUCAGCCACCUGAAGGAGAAGGUGCAUCAGGACGCUCAGACAGGACCGUCUCCUCAGCUGCUGCUGUCCGAGGCUCCUCUCUGUACCUCGCUGCUGUCCAAUGAGUCCGCCACGGGUCCUGAUAACCUGUUAGCCAGUGUGUUGGCUCACCCCGUACUGACCGCCUCUGGACUUCCUGGGAGGAAUCGGCGCUUUAUCCCUCCGAGCAGUGCGGCUUCCGCUGCUGCUAGUGUCCUGGCGUCCCUUUCGUUUUCUCAGCAGGCCCACGCCGGCCGUUCUCGCUCACACACUCUCCUGCCGUCCCGACUGCACCACGACAGCACCAUGUACUGCAGCGACCACACUGUGGGCCACAGUAUGUCUGCAAGUGAGUCCAGAGUGCUCAGCCAGUCUCAUUCGGCCCUGGCGUCAGAGUUCGCAUCAACCGAGAUGAGCCUGCAUGCUAUAUACAUGCACGAGGUACAUCAGCAAAAGACCCAGCAUCCAUCUGGACCAAUUCAGACCUGUGUGCCAAUGAAGGACUUGAGCACCAACUGUGCUCAAGGUCCUCAGAUACAGUCUGCACAGACAGUCACCUUGGUCCCACCCUCUUCUGGCCGCUUGGGCGGCUGGGCUGAACAGGAAGAGGAGGAGGAGGAGCAGGGCGACCAGGAGGAGAUAAACACCAACCCUGUGCCGGAUCAGACCAGCAGAGGGAGCAGCUGAAGUGCCUUCAACCUGCACAUUCUUGUUCAUUUCUGGUAGAUGUGGCCUCACUUUUGAUUGAGCAUGUUGGGACGCCACACAAAGCAUGUCGUUCAAGAAGCCCGUCGGAGCCGUUCGGUUCUCUGGAUGCUUCUCUGGAUCUUCCAGUUUAGAGGAACUGUGACAUAACGGACUGAAAGAGUAUGUCUGCCACUUCCAUCCCUCGUCACGUCACUUACAUUUAUAUUUCAGAGUGCUGUGUGUUUGUGUUGGAGUGUGUGUGUGUGUGUUUGUUUUGUUUAUGACACAACAGGGUGACACUUGUUUUACAGUAUUUAUUUCCAUUGCAUUCUCUUUCAUGCAAUGUCCGUUUUAUUUGGGUUUGAGCAAAUUAUGUUUUCCGCCUCUCGGAUUUAAAUGAGAGCCAGGGAGUAUUUACUUUUGAAUGAAAACAUCCUUUUGGUGUAUUAUUGCUAGUUUCACUUUUAUGUCACAGAAAAUAUCACUGAAUGUAAAAUCAUACCAGUUG